AUGGAUCCACAGCAGAAACUUGUGCUUCACGUUGGCUACCUAACGUUUGAGCAAAGACAUACGCAGGUCAGCUCAUUAUGUGCUCAUCAUGGCGGGGACUUCGCCAUGGGAAUUUUCGUGGGUGUUGAACCGAGCGGGCUGCAAGCUCUCGAAAGAGUUGGCGCUGCUGUUGGAGCCUUGUGCGAGCACAAUGAUGGCAUUAAGCGGUCUGUUGAAUGCACCUCUUCAAAAGCAAACAUCGGUCACUUGGAGGCAUCUGCGGCCGCGGCGAGUCUAACUUCACUCACCCUUGUGCACCUUGGAACGUCCGCAGUCUUCGGAAAUACGCAGCUGAAUUCUAUGCCAGCUGAUGUUACACUGGUCGAAAGUGGCGAUGCUAAAGAUAGCAGCCUGUCAUCACUUGCUCGUUUGAGUUCAUUCGGCUUCAGCGGGACUAUUGCACAUGGGGCCUUGAGUUCCACAUUAGUGUACCCUAUCACGGUCGCGAUAGAAAUUGCAAACAGCCUUCCAAACCUGCCCCGUGAUCCGUCAUACCAGACAAUGUACCAAAGUCUGUUUUUCUGGCAGCUUACGGAUCGAGUCAUGGACGGAGCAUGGGGUGAUGCUCUUCACAUUGAGUAUAACCGGGAUCUAUUCCAAGCAAGCACUGCAGAAAGAUUUGUUCUAUAUUUUAAAACACUGGUCACCUCCUUCGUGAAAGCAGGGGAUAGUGACCUCGUGUGGAAGCUAAAUUACCUUGGGGAGGAAGAGAGAAACACAUUAUUAUACAGCUUCAAUGAGAUGAAGCCAGCCAACUCUCCAUUGCAGAAUAGACACUGCACGCACCUGCGAGAUCGGCAGUGGAAUGCCGUAUGGCUUCAUGACCACAUGAUCGGUCACGCAAUCCCAGACAUGGUCGUGGCACUCCAAGUCAGCAAAUCUAUCGAAAUGGCGGUUGCAAUCUUGGGUGAAGCUUCAUGGUUCGUGAUGCAAGGUGCACUCACUUUCUCACGCAAGGGGAAUAUGACCAUAAUUUCCUCAGUUUAUUUGAGGCAAUUCUCUACAACUGCGCGUCAUCUUGUAUAUGUAAUUUACACCUCUGGUAGCACUGGGAAACCCAAAGGUGUCCUUGUGGAGCAUGCUGGUGUUUGUCUCGGUGUCCAUGGUGGUACGUGUGUGUUUCUAGAGAGCGGGCUUUCGCUCAUUGAUCUCGAUGAUAGUUUAAAAUUCACCAUACUCUACGAUGUACCCUCAGUAAUGGCACUUGUGACGGUACCGCAGAACGUGGCAUUGGUUCAAGUGAUCGGUGAAGAGCUUUCACACUCGCUCGUCGCUAAUUUACCGGUUGGUGUUGCCCUAUGGAACUGGUACGGACCCACGGAAGUCUCAAUAGCGGCCACAUUGAAGGAUGGCGUUACACUGUCGCGGCUGAAUUCCAUAGGAUUUCCUCUCGAAAACACCGUCGAGCUUUUGCCAAUCGGAAGCUAUGGGGAGCUCCUGCUUGGGGGUGUACAGAUAGCACGUGGUUACCUCAAUCGGCACGAGCUAACAGCUGAGCGCUUUGUUCCAAUGCCUUGGCCUACAGCCCACUCAAGCCGUGGCAUAGCGUACCGAACCGGAGAUCUGGCACGUUGGUGGCCAAAUGGCGAACUUGAAUUUGCUGGACGCAUCGAUUUUCAAGUAAAAAUCCGCGGCUAUCGCAUCGAGUUGGGGGAGAUUGAGCAUGCUUUACGCUCGCAGACUGGCGUCGUCGAAGCGGUUGUUGUGAUAUGCGCGACUGGUGAGUCUGAAGGGGGUCUAGUUGCAUAUUUGCGCCCCAAGAAUGUUGCAUCAGGGUGUAGCUCUUUAGGAGCUGUCCAUCUGGCCCGAAGGUUGAGUAUCGAACUCUCAAUGCACCUGGAACCCACCCUUGUUUUCAACUAUCCAACAAUUGAAGCAAUAGCUCUUCUUGUUCAGGGCGGAUGCCCCAAAGUGAGGCAGAAAGUGCCCCGUUCGACGCUUUGUGAGUGUCGGUCAAUCUGUUUUGUAGCUAAGCUGCAAGUCCACAAGCCGUCAGAUCUUGACAUGCUUUUGAUCUGCAAACUCGAUGCAUCUCGCGUGGCACCAUUUUUGCGUUGGGGAUGUUCUCCUCUGCACCAUGUCUCCUACACUGUCCCUUCUAGCAUGUCUUAUUUGGAAGCCCUGUCCGCAGAUCCUCGCUUCCUUGCGGCAUGUCUGGAGUUCUCUCUUGAUCUUCAUUGUAAACAUGGAUAUGCACGAGGUGAGGGCGGUAGUUUUUUCCUACUCGGCAGUAAUUUUGAGGAGACUCGAGCCCAAGUGCUGGGAUGUGCGGCACCAAAUGGUUUGUCUCAACGCAAUCUUCUCGAGUCUGUGAAAAGUGUCGGUGCUGCUAUAGCAGCUCUGUGUGUGAACUCAAAAUCGGCACAAUGCUCCUCAUCAAAGUCAAACUUGGGUCACCUUGAAGCAUCGGCAGCAGCUGGGGGUCUGGUGUCUCUCAUGCUAGUGGCACUGAAGAUGUUUAUGAUCACAGGAAAUGCACAGCUGAAUCAGUCUACUCCAAUGCACCCUCUAGCAACAAACACAUUGCGGACAUAG